UCAUCCACACACACACCCCAGAUGUUUUUCAGAACCGCCUGGAGCUUGGUGCUGAGGAAAGGAGGACUUGGAAUACGAGGGAUACACAGCCCAGGGGACACCGCCCCCAGCAAGGGGAAGAUGCCCCCCUACACCAACUACCAUGCCCAGCGCUCCUACCCCAUGCCGGACGAACCCUUCUGCACAGAGCUCAAUGCCGAGCAGCAGGCCUUGAAGGAAAAGGAGAAAGGCAGCUGGACCCAGCUGAGCCACGCCGAGAAGGUGGCCUUGUACCGGCUCCAGUUCCAUGAGACCUUCGCAGAGAUGAACCAUCGCUCCAAUGAGUGGAAGACAGUGAUGGGCUGUGUCUUUUUCUUCUGUGGAUUCACAGCUCUGUUGAUUUGGUGGCAGCGGGUCUACGUUUUCCCUAAGAAGCCCCUCACGCUGACGGAUGAGUGGAAGUCUCAGCAGCUCCAGCGCAUCCUGGAUAUGAAGGGCAACCCUGUGCAAGGCCUGGCCUCCCAGUGGGACUAUGAGAAGAAAGAGUGGAAGAAGUGACACUGCAUGCUGCGUCCCAGGCUGCUCUCCCGGCAGCUCCGCCCUGGCCCGGAGCCUGUGGAGCACCCCCUUCCCCUCCCCUUAACCCCAAUAAAGCUGGCCUGUU